CAGGAACGUUUCAGUACAAAUUUGGACUACGGUGCAGUCAGUCGCAUGAAAGCUGCUUAUAUAGCGUGGAAGGACAGUUUGAGAUACUCGUUUUUCAUAUCAGUACAUCGCGGUUGAAUCACCGGCAUACGUGUUUAUUCAGUUUAUUUAAACUAAAAGUGCUUUAUUCAUCAACCCUACUAGUUGCAAACCUCAAUUUUUAUUAACUAAAUCUUUUUAAUGUUAACAUAAGUGUUGAGUGUAGUGCUGUUAAAACAUAAAUUCCGCCCGUUCAACGAUGUCAGACAUUGAAUCGUUGGGUCGAUUAGAUAGAAUAAGGCCAAAAUUUACUGCUCCAGCCGUGUUUGAUUUGACUGUCGCGUCCUUAGUUAUAACUUUUAUCACAGUUAGUGAACUUGGUUGGCUACCACAAUUAGUAAAACGAGGAUACUAUUGUGAUGAUCGAACGAUCCAACGACCCUACACUGGAGACACAGUAUCGUCAUGCAUGAUCGUUAUUAGUGGAUUCGUGCCUUUAUUUUUGAUAUGGCUGACGGAAGCCAUAUUUUACUCUCCGUCUAUUAUCGAAUAUACUAAACCUGAUGUCCAAGUCUCACGAUGCUCACAGUCGUUCCUCGAAGCCUGGCACUGGGGUAGAAAAUAUGCCAGAGGAUUAAUCUUCAAGCUACUCCUCGUUGAUGCACUGAAGAUCUUCUCUGGUGAACACAGACCGCACUUUCUGGACACAUGUAAACCGGAUGUGCUAUGUGAAGGGAGUGAAUUCGUUUCCAUGUUCACCUGUACCAAUAAUGAGUCGCAGUAUUUCAUUCGAGAUGCAAGCAAAUCUUUUCCAUCCGGCCACUCAUCCAUGAGUGUGUACGAAAUGAUAUUCAUGGUUUGGUAUCUGCAACGACGAGUGCCCCAGUUGCGUUCGUACCUAGCGCUUCCACUUUGCCAGUCCGUGUUGGUCUUAUGGGGUAUAUUUUGCCCAUUAUCCCGAAUAAUUGACAAUCGACACCAUUGGUGGGAUGUGCUAGCCGGUUCAAUAAUUGGAGUGAUAGUUGCUGGAUUCACGUGCAUCCUUGAUUGUAAUAAUUUCAAAAGGAAUAAAUCAAAUCUAAAUGCCACGGCAUUUAGGGAACAUGAUAUUAAUCUAAUAUCUAACAGGCCCAAGUACAGGGAGGAUAACAAUCUUAAUAACAUUGUCAAUUCGUCGUAAGCACUAGAUAGCCAUGUGAACGUAUUUAAACCAUAGUAGCAGCAUCAGUAUUUUUGCAGCAAUAUGUAUGUUGUUUUAGUUUUAAAACAACAAAGACUUUAUUCCCAUUGACUUGUAUAUACUUAUGAGUAGCACAUUUUUAAAUAGGUUUACUUAAGAAUCGACAAAUUGUGAUAAUGUAAUGUUAACCAACGAUGAUUUCCAAUCCACAUGUGUAAAAAAAAGUACAACGCUCUCGUGUAUCAGUCCCACUCUAAUGAGCAAAUACAAGUACCACUAAACCAGAAUGAAAUAAAUAGAUGGCAUAUCACUGCCGCGUAACUUGUGUAAUGCAA